CUUUGGAAGAGGGCUGGGGGGUGGGUGGGUGAGUUGUCCGGGGAAGGGCCGGACCACAAGAGUCUGCAUGUUUGCAAUAAGAGGCUGUUUUCACGGCUCGAGCCUGUGACCUCGUGAUCACAUAUUUGAUUCUUGUUGGCUGCUCAAGGAUAGAUUAACGUUUCGUAUGAUGUUGUCCAAUGAAUUAUAUGACCCGGUUCAAACAGCGAGAAUUUGUGGAGGUUAAUCAUCUAAUGGACUUCAGAACCUUGUUGUUAAUCUUUUUGGUAUUAUGCCCUGCAAGUUCAGUGCAAACAGUUAAAAAGGUAGAACUUAAGAUUGAUGCAUCUGCGAAAAUUGCCUGGACAGAUGCUAAUUACAUUUGUGCUACCAUUGAUUGGUGGCCUAAAGAGAAGUGUGACUACAAUCAAUGUCCUUGGGGUUCGGCAUCUAUUAUAAAUAUGGAUUUAUCUCAUCCAUUUCUGGGAAAUGCUAUACGAGCUUUCAAGGGGUUGAGAUUACGGCUCGGAGGUUCUUUACAAGACCAAGUAAUAUAUGGUGUAGGCAACUUGAGAUCUCCUUGCCAUCCAUUCACCAAGAAGAAAGAUGGGAUGUUUGGAUUCUCUGAGGGAUGCUUACGUAUGCAGAGAUGGGAUGAGCUAAACAACCUUUUCAAGAAGACAGCAGCACUUGUGACUUUUGGCUUGAAUGCGCUGUAUGGAAGACGGCGGAGCUAUAGGCAUGUGUGGGAAGGAAACUGGGACUCCAGAAAUGCCCUUGAUUUCAUAAAGUACACUGUUGCCAAGGGCUACCAGAUACACUCAUGGGAACUUGGAAAUGAACUGAGUGGCAACGGGGUUGGUGCAAGUGUUAAUGCUGUACAGUAUGGAAAAGAUGUUAUUCAGCUGCACAAUCUCUUAAACCAAGUAUAUAAGAAUUUCCGUGAACGUCCUCUACUAUUAGCACCAGGAGGAUUCUAUGAUCCUGGGUGGUUCAGCAAGCUCCUUAAGGUUUCAGGGCCUGGCACUGUCAAUGGCGUAACACAUCAUAUUUAUAACCUUGGCCCGGGUUCCGACGCCAAGCUUGCGGAUAAAAUUUUAAAUCCUGAUUAUUUGGAUAGAAUAUCGAACACAUUCAGCAGUCUUACUCAAACUAUUCUAAGAAAUGGUCCUUGGGCUUCAGCUUGGGUUGGAGAAUCUGGUGGAGCUUACAAUAGUGGAGGUCCUAAUGUGUCUAAUGCCUUUGUAGAUAGCUUUUGGUACUUAGAUCAGCUUGGGAUGGCAGCCAAGCACCAUACCAAAGUAUACUGCAGGCAGACUCUUAUAGGCGGAAAUUAUGGGCUCCUUGAUACAGAAACGUUCAUGCCAAAUCCUGAUUUUUAUAGUGCACUUCUUUGGCAUAGACUGAUGGGAACAGGAGUUCUUGAUGUUAAGAGCAGCGGAUCACCACAUUUGCGCUCUUAUGCUCAUUGUACAAAAGAUAGAGCAGGUGUGACUUUACUUCUGAUCAAUUUAAGUAGCCAGAUUGAGUACGCAGUCGACAUCCAACCCAGCGACGCAGAUAUCAUCCUGCAAUAUGGUGAGCAAAAGAAUCACAAAACGAAGUCAUUGGUGCACGAGCUUAAAGAAAGUGUUUCGUGGAUAGGAAGCAGAUCAUCAGAUGUUAAAUUAUCGCGAGAAGAAUACCAUCUAACACCAGAAGGUGGCAACAUUAAAAGCAGAAAAGUGCUCCUCAAUGGGAGAUUAUUGCAACUCACAGGAAAAGGAAACAUACCGACUUUGUCUCCAGUGCUUAAAAAUCUGAAAUCUCCAGUAUCUGUUGAACCAUUGUCCAUCAAGUUCAUUGUUUUCCCCAAUUUUAGUUCUGCCAGUUGCAGAUAAGUAUUUAUUGAGAGCUAAUAUUAUAUAGUAAUUAGCAAAAAAUUGAUUCAUGCAUUUCCAUUAAAAAUAUAAUGUGCCUACAAUACUACUACCAGCCCCUUGUAUUAUUGUAAUGUCACGUGGAAUAAAUCAUUAUAUAAUCAAAUACAUCAGUUCAAUGUUUCAUCA